UCAUACAAUAGCUACGAAUAUCAAAUGCAACGAACAUACAUUUCCCUCGAUUUGAAAUUGCAGUUAUUACUUAUUAAUUCUCAUUUCAAAAGUAAUGGAUCUCAAAUGUGUAAAAACUAUCAAGUGUGAUCAAGGAGCUAUUCGCGCCGUUAGAUUUAACGUGGACGGCGAGUAUUGUUUAACAUGUGGCAGCGACAAAAAAAUCAAGCUAUGGAAUCCUUAUAAAGAAUUAUGUUUAAAGUCGUAUGCUGGCCAUGGAGAUUGUGUAAUGGAUGUUUGUGGUUCGUGCGACAGCAGCGAAUUAGCAUCAUGUGGAGCAGAUAAAUCGGUUGUAUUGUGGGAUGUGUCAGACGGACGAGUUAAAAGAAGAUUGAGGCAACAUGCUGCUACGGUCAACUGCGUUAAGUACAAUGAAGAUUCUUCGGUGAUAGUAUCUGGAUCUAACGAUAAUACCGUGUGCUGUUGGGACACAAGAAGUCGUAGCAAUAGUCCUAUUCAGGUUUUAAAAGAAGCUAAAGACAGUAUCACUAAAGUUUUAGUAAUUGGCCAUCAAAUUCUGACGGGUUCUUUAGAUUGCUUUAUACGAACUUAUGAUAUAAGGAUGGGAAAUAUAGAUGCCGAUUAUAUCGGAAAGCCGAUCUCGUGUAUUAGUUCAACGCAAGACAAUAUGUGUACGUUGGUCAGUUGCACUGACAAUACUUUGAAACUGAUGGAUAGACAAAAAGGAGAAUUAUUAAACGAGUAUACCGGACAUACAGUUGGCGAUUAUUUCAUAGAAAAUUGUGUAUUUCAUAACGACAGUAUAAUAUUAAGCGGUUCAACGUGUGGACAUUUAUGGAGCUGGGAUUUCGUAAGCGCACGCGUCUUAGAAAAAUUGCAACCGACCGAUAUUUCCCACAAGCAAUCUGUGAACUCGAUAAACACACAUCCUAGUAAAAAAGUUUUAAUUACAUCAUGUGGACAUUCCAUUAGCCUUUGGUCGGAAUAAACAAUAGCAAUACAUUUAUAAACAGUUAAAACACGGUUCACAGUAUUCGAAAAGUCUUGCGUUUGCACUUUUUCGGCUUGUAAUGUCACUCGGUUUGUCUGCUGUACUGUUGUGCACAUUUAAAUCUGACUGAAUAUUAGGUUGACUCAAUAACAGUUCCAGAAGUGCAUGUGAAUCUGCCAAUUCUGCGACAAGAUGUAAUGGUGAUAUACCUUAAAGAAAAUGCAAAAAGUGACUGAAUAUCUUUGUAUUAUUAUAUUAUUAUUACACUAUUUAUAUUAUGAAAUUACCACCACUUGUAACUGCAUUAAUAUCUGAUCCGGCUUCAAUCAAUUUAGAUACACAUUUUACAUUGUUCCAUUUACAAGCCGAAUGCAACGGUGUCCAUUGAUCUGUUGUACGUGCAUUGGGAUUUGCUCCAUUUCUCAACAGUAACUAAAUAAAUAAUGUUUUGUACAAUCGAUAACAUAUGACAAACACAAUGUACGAAACAAUGUCCACUAAUGAAUCGUCCCAAAAAUAAUUACCUCGACUAUAGGCAAAUGAUUACUGUAACUUGCUCGAUGUAAUGGAGUGUACCCGUCAGUAUCCUGGACAUUUAUCAAGUUUUUUUGUUUAGAUAUCAACGACUUGACUAAAAUUAAAUCGCCUUGUUCGGCUGCCCACAAAAUUUCCUUUUCUGGAGUACCUGUUGGUGGUAAAAACAAUUUUAUUUUUAUUAUUAAUAAAAUGUUUGAUUUAUUGUCAGCUCAUAAAUAAAGUGGUCAUUGAUGGCUCUUCUUUCAAACUGAAAGAAGAGCUUAGUUAAGUAUAAACUGUAUAAAUAAUUAAAAAUGUAACACAUACAUAUGGGUUGUCUUGCACCAAAUCGUACCUCAUUUGAUUUUACUUAUCAUUUUUUUUUACACUUACUAAUCAACUCGUUGUAAUUGAGAUAUAAAUUUUUGCAAAUAUGGCUAAUAUUUUUUCAAUGGCGUAAAACUUAUUACUCAAAAAUAAACAAGCAUGUCAAAAUUGUUUUUUU